AUGACAGCCAUAGCUGGUCGAUUUGAUUCCGAUUUUAAUGACAAUUCCGGUAAAAUGAUGAAAGUGGAAUACUCGACCGGGGCAAAUUUGACUCCACUCAACUCCUCAUCCACAUCGUCCAAUUCGUCCCUCUGUGUUGGUUGUGGUUCGGCCAUCUACGAUCCGUUUAUUUUACACGUUCAACCCGAUUUGGAAUGGCACGGACGGUGUUUGAAUUGUUCCAAAUGUCAUCGCUCUUUGGGCAACGAUCCAACCUGUUUCGUGCGUGAUGGGAAAGCCUAUUGUCGUGAAGAUUAUUUCAAGUAA